UUCAACUCCACAUAACCAGCGGGGAUUCUCUUUUCACCAACAUGGGCAGAUCUUACAGUUAACUCAGCAGUAUGGAGAGGACACUUUGCACGUUCAAGAAGCAAAGUUAAUUCAACGUUGUGUGAAUACCGGCACUUCGUUUCAUUAUGGAGAGAAACCGCGAAGUGAACAGUAUGAAAAGCAGGACUCUUUCUUUCAGAACCAUGGACAGAACGACGCACAAUUCCACCAAUAUGAAGAAAACUGCUCAGCAUUCCAGGACGAUGGACAGCGUUUUCAGAGUAAAGAGGAUUUGGGGGAUUAUUACUGCCAUAACCUGGAUUAUUUCCCCGAUUUAGACAACGAAAACGAUUGCACUGGACAGCAUAUGCUUGAGAGCAGCAGUGGUCAAAACAUGCAGAGGCGGCACACAACACUCCGGGAGAAGGGUAGGCGGCAGGCAGUUCGGGGGCCAGCCUACAUGUUUAACGAGAAAGGGACCAGCCUCACCCCAGAAGAGGAAAGGUUCCUGGAUUCCGCUGAAUAUGGCAAUAUCCCUGUGGUGCGGAAGAUGCUGGAGGAGUCCAAGACCCUGAAUUUCAAUUGCGUGGACUACAUGGGCCAGAAUUCCUUGCAGCUGGCAGUAGGGAACGAACACCUGGAGGUGACAGAGCUCCUCUUGAAAAAGGACAAUCUGGCGCGGGUGGGGGAUGCCCUUUUGCUGGCCAUUAGCAAAGGCUAUGUCAGGAUUGUGGAAGCCAUACUUAGUCACCCGGCCUUUGCUGGAGGCCUUCGACUCACCCUCAGCCCGCUGGAGCAGGAGCUCCGAGAUGAUGACUUCUAUGCCUACGACGAAGACGGAACUCGCUUCUCCCAUGACAUCACCCCCAUUAUUCUAGCUUCCCACUGCCAGGAGUACGAGAUUGUGCACAUUCUCCUGCUGAAGGGGGCUCGCAUUGAGAAGCCCCAUGACUACUUCUGCAAGUGUUACGAAUGCAUUGAGAAGCAGCGAAAGGACUCCUUCAGUCAUUCUCGCUCUAGAAUGAACGCUUAUAAGGGUCUGGCCAGUGCUGCUUACCUGUCUCUAUCCAGUGAAGACCCUGUCCUCACUGCCCUAGAGCUCAGCAACGAGCUGGCCAGACUAGCUAAUAUAGAAACAGAGUUUAAGAAUGAAUACCGGAAGCUAUCUAUGCAAUGUAAGGACUUCGUUGUGGGAGUCCUUGACCUGUGCAGAGACACGGAGGAAGUGGAAGCCAUUUUAAAUGGAGACGUUGAUUUGGUUCCUCUGACAGAUCACCACAGGCCGUGCCUCACCAGAGUAAAACUGGCUAUCAAAUACGAAGUGAAAAAGUUUGUUGCCCAUCCUAACUGCCAGCAACAGCUGCUCACUAUAUGGUAUGAGAACCUCUCUGGCUUAAGGCAGCAGUCCAUGGGAGUGAAGUGCUUGACAGUGCUUGGAGUCACCAUUGGGCUCCCAUUCCUCGCCAUCGCGUACUGGAUCAUGCCCUGCAGCAAGUUGGGACAAAUCCUGCGAAGCCCAUUUAUGAAGUUUGUCGCCCAUGCUGUUUCCUUCACCAUCUUCCUGGGGCUGUUAGUUAUCAAUGCUUCGGACCGGUUUGAAGGAGUGAAGAACCUGCCCAAUGAAACCAUCACUGACCACCCCAGACAGAUCUUCCGGGUGAAGACCACCCAGUUUUCCUGGACUGAGAUGCUGAUCAUGAACUGGGUGUUAGGGAUGAUCUGGUCUGAGUGUAAGGAGAUCUGGGCGGAGGGGCCCCGGGAGUAUGUCAUGCACCUCUGGAACGUGCUGGACUUUGGCAUGCUCUCCAUCUUCGUGGCCUCCUUCACUGCCAGGCUAAUGGCCUUUCUGAAAGCCUCUGAGGCCCAGCUGUAUGUGGAUAACUACGUGAAGAACCCUGACAUCAGCAACGUCACUCUGCCUGCAGAGGUUGCGUACUUCACGUAUGCCAGGAUCAAGUGGCUCCCGUCAGACCCCCAGAUCAUCUCGGAGGGAUUGUACGCUGUUGCGGUGGUGCUGAGCUUCUCGCGCAUCGCCUACAUCCUGCCCGCUAACGAGAGCUUCGGCCCGCUGCAGAUCUCCCUGGGCAGGACGGUUAAGGACAUCUUCAAGUUCAUGGUCAUCUUCAUCAUGGUAUUCGUGGCUUUCAUGAUCGGGAUGUUCAACCUCUACUCCUACUAUCUUGGAGCGAAAUAUAACCCUGCCUUCACUACCGUUGAAGAAAGUUUUAAAACUUUAUUCUGGUCCAUCUUUGGCUUGUCCGAAGUGAUUUCUGUUGUUCUAAAGUACGACCACAAGUUCAUAGAGAACAUCGGUUAUGUGCUGUAUGGUGUCUACAAUGUAACCAUGGUGGUGGUGCUGCUCAACAUGCUGAUUGCUAUGAUCAAUAACUCCUAUCAGGAGAUAGAGGAAGACGCGGAUGUCGAGUGGAAGUUUGCUCGUGCCAAGCUCUGGCUGUCCUACUACGAUGAGGGCAGGACGUUACCUGCUCCCUUCAAUCUGAUGCCCAGCCCCAAAUCGUUCUACUAUCUCAUCCUGCGCACCAAGUCCUGCCUCAUCUGGCUCUGCAAGGCCAAGGCCAAGAGGUGUGACAGCGAAGUGGAAAUGGGCAUGCUCAACUCCCAGAUAAAACCAGAUCGUUACAGAUCUAACACUCGGACUACAGAUGGCUCUGGCAUAAGAAAACCCAUCAAGAAUCCAACCCGGUAUCAGAAAAUAAUGAAGAGGCUCAUCAAACGCUAUGUACUGAAGGCUCAGGUGGACAAAGAGAAUGAUGAAGUCAAUGAAGGUGAGCUCAAGGAGAUUAAACAAGACAUCUCCAGCCUGCGCUACGAGCUUCUGGAGGAGAAGUCCCAGGCGACGGGGGAACUAGCAGAACUCAUUCAACAGCUCAGCGACAAACUCGGGAGGAACACGAAAAAACCUUGAGGAAAAAACUCAAAUAAAUGCGGAUGAGAUCAAGUGAAACAAGCGGGGAGAGUGCUUUUACGUGCCAAAAGUGUCAAAAACAGGGAGAGGUUUAUUAAGCCUUACAAAAACCUUUGGUUCUCAAUGGACCAAGCUUCAAGACAAACUGCUGUGAGGAAAUGAAAUGCUGUCUGUAUUCAAAGAAGCUUACAAAUGCUUAGCAGCUUCACUGAGAUAAUGGAGGAUUUUAUUGAGGAGGUUCUGUACUGUGGACCAAGCAAGGGACCUAUUCUCAAUCAAGCCAAACCAAGACCCCCACUAUCCAGUAAUCAAUGAAAAGGGACUAUAAAUCCAAUCCUAUGGGAUACUAUGACACUAUUUUAAGUUGUAAGUAGUGGUAAAAUCCAAACCCCUUCCUGUAAGUUUUUCAGUUACAGGGGAAAUAUUACAUUACUGGGUAAUUGUAUGGAAAUUACAGACUCUGGUCAGUAAACUUUAAGGACUAGAUUAAGUAAUUUUGUGUUGUUUUUUUUUUUUUUUUCCAAAGUCCAUUUUCAUUAAUUAAAUGAAGUUUGUUGUUCAUGAAACCUGUUUUCAAUUAAUUUUAAGAGGGAUGUUCUUAUUUUUCCAAAAAUUUGAAUUUAAUUGUAUAAACUUCUUAAAGAUAAAAAAAAGUAGGGCCCUACAUUGUAAUUAUGCACAACAGCAGCACAUAGUGACACAAUAAUACAACUGCAGAUUUUAUCAAAGGAUUUUACAGCAAACGUACUCCCCCCUCCUAUUACCAUGAAAAUCCAUCAGGUGACUGAAUUGUGCCUCUCAUCAGCAUUCAGAGCUCCUAAUUCAAUCCUCAUAUUCAACACUUUUUGCCAUUGUUUGUUUUUAGGAACAUUUGUCCAUGUGCCUGUUUUUUUUUUUUUUUUUUUUGCCCAAAUUGCCAAAUUGUAUAAGACAUGUCUUGUGUAACGUGCAGCACUGUGUGAUACACAACCAUUACAGAUUCUGUCCCACAGCACUCCCAUUGCUAUCUCCAAUAAAGAAUACAAAACACUGUGAAAACUCACUUUCUGUAAUGUCUCGGUACAAUCUAUACAAAUUGGCACUCUAAUUAAUGAAUUACCUGAUGUGCCAAAAUAUUAUCUUAUUUAUUUAUUUUUGCAACUUCAGCAAAACAAUAGCAAUCUUCUUUUUAAUGUAUUCACAAACAUGCACGUUUUUCUCCUGUGAUCUGUCUUUUCCUGAUGUGUGGGUGUGUUUGUACAAGUGGGUCUUAACGAAUUCAUUAUUUUUUGGGUUGUUUUUUAAUUGUGUCUGAACACAUACAUAUGUUUGUUGAAGGUAAGUAAGAUGCUUUUACUAUCAAUAGGGGGAACUGUGUAAAGGUCUUCUGUGGGUCUACUUUCUUUCCCAGAGGCCUCUCAUAAACACGAGUUAUACACGAGUCUGGCUACUUUUAAAGUAGUAGAAUAAUAUAAUACAUAAAUAGCUUGACACCAUUGUUCAAGAACAUGUCUGUAAAAUCUCCUCAAUGAACCGAUCAUCCAAAUGUGUUUCUGUGUCAUUCACAGCUGUAUUAUUGACAUGAUUUCCAUCCUUUUUUUUAUCCAAAAGGAAUUGUGCUGACAGAAUAAGAGCUUCUUAUGAGCUCCAUAGAUAUAACCAGGUUGUAGAUUGGUAUUGACCGUGGUCAGAUGUAAAAGCAGGGUAGAAAAGUCAUUUCAUCCUUUCAGCUCUUAUCCAUUACCAGUUUGGUUUCGGCUCAGAUCCCAGAAAUGGCUCAGGAAGUAUAUUUCUCAUUAGAAGCCUGUAAACAUCCAUACAACAUAACAGGACAUCAUAACCAGAUUGUUUGCAACAUGGACGUGAUAUACAUCAUCUUGAUAAAGGACAAUGUUGAGCUGCCAUAUUCAGUAUUAGUAAACAUAGUUGUAUAAAUAAAUACAUAUAUAUAGGGAGAGCUAGGAAUUAUUUAUUUAAAUGCUGUAUUUUUCACUUGUAUUAAAAUCUUUAAUGUUAAAAAAAUGAAAUCUUGUAUACUGUAAUAUUUUCAACCAAAA